AUGCCGCGCGCCGAAGCCGGAACACCGAAGGAUAUCGCCAACCGGAUGAAGUCCAAGGGACUUCAAAGGCUCCGAUGGUACUGCCAGAUCUGUCAGAAACAAUGCCGAGAUGAGAACGCAUUUAAGAUGCACUCUUCCUCCGAGUCACAUCUGCGGCAGAUGCUCGUGGUUGGCGAGAAUGCUGGGAAGCAUAUCUCGGAUUUCUCUGGCCAGUUUCAGUCGGAGUUUGUCACUUUAUUGUCACGGAGAUGGGGGACGAAGCGUGUACGAGCGAACAAUGUCUAUCAGGAAUACAUCCAGGACAAGUCACAUUUACACAUGAACGCCACGCGCUGGGUCACCCUUACCGAAUUCGUCAAACAUCUCGGCCGUACAGGUGUCGCACACGUAGACGAGACGGAGAAGGGCUGGUUCAUAGCAUGGAUCGACAACAGUCCCAAAGCGCUAGCGAAGCAGGAGGCGUCGAUGAAGAAGGAACGGCUGACGACGUCGGACGAGCAGCGCGAGCGGCAGCUUAUCCAGGAGCAGAUUCAGCGCGCGGCGGCAGAAGCCGAAGAGAAAGGAGAGGGCUCGUCAAGUGCUGUUGAGGCUGCGAGGGAAGAGGGUCUGAAGCGGGAAGAGGAUAAGAAGGUUACAAUUACCUUCGGCGCCAAGCCUGCUGCAUCGACAGCCGGACCCACCGCAACAACGGCUGGUCUGAAGCUGAAUCCGCUCAAACCGGCCGCGAACCCUUUGAAACGACCUAACGUCUUCAAGCAAGCUGCCGCUACAACAAAGACGACGCCACCGGCAGAAGCAGCUGGUACCAAGCGGAAGGCGACGGAGAUGACUGCCGCUGAGCGCUUGAUAUUGGAGGACCAGGAGCGGAAGAGACGGAAGAUGGAGAGGGAGUCUGGUGGCGCGUGA